AUGAACUGGGUUGCUUGGGAUAAAACGAUUGGCCCGGUGGAAUACGGGGGAUUGGGCUUUGGAUCUCUUAGGGAUGCAAACUUGGCUAUGUUAGCGAAGUGGUGGUGGCGGUUCAAAACAGAAAAAAAUGGGUUGUGGAGACGGAUUGUGUGGGCAGUCCACCAUAGGUCAAGGGAAUGGAACGACAUCCCGGUGAAGGUUUCAUUACCGGGGCCGUGGAAGAGUAUUCACAGUGUUAGACAGUCAUUAUUGUAUGCCAAUAUCGAUCUACACCAGGAUUUUUCAGCGGUGGUGUGCGGCGGGAAUAAUGUAUUUUUUUGGUUGGAUAAAUGGUUAGAUCAAUUGCCUCUAUAUGUUAAAUUUCCAGCCCUGUUCAAGGAAGAAUCGGAAAAACAAUGUAUGGUAGCUGACCGGUGCGUUCGAGGUAGUCCUGGGCUGAUUUUAAGCUGGGCCUGGUCUCGGCCUGUACUCGGUUCUGAAGCUGCAGAUCAGCUUCAACUGCUGUUAGUUAUGCUCGAAGGUUGGGCUAGUUCAGUCGGCUCAGAUAUAUGGAAGUGGCGACAUGAAAAGGAUGGUAAGUUCUCUGUUUCAAGUGUUAAAAAACUGCUUAGUUCUGUUAAUCGAGUCAGGCCCGAGCAGAUUUUUGAGUGGAAUAACUGGGUGCCCAAGAAAAUCGGAAUAGUAGCAUGGCGAGCGGAAAUGGAGAGGUUGCCGACAAAGUGGGCGUUGGCUAGGCGGAAUAUCCCGGUUCAGAAUCAAUUCUGCGUUUUUUGUGGCGAUUAUGAAGAAACAUGUGAUCACGUCUUUGUCUCGUGUCAUUUUGCACAAACCAUAUGGCAAAAUUUGGCGGCAUGGUGUAUGAUCCCACCGAUCAUUGCGUUUGGUAUUAACGACCUGCUCACAUUACAUGUUUCGAGUUCGGCAUCGAGGAAAAAAAGGAAAGUAAUACAUGCUCUCGUUUUGGUGACCUUUUGGAGUAUUUGGAAGUCUAGGAAUGAAGUCGUUUUUCGGCAACUCAUUCCUAACACGACGAGGAACUUGGACGAGAUCAAGUCGAUGACAUUUUUAUGGGUAAAAAGCAGGUCAAAAGUGGCGUCGCUAUCUUGGGAGGAAUGGAGUCAUUUUAAUUUAAGCACUUUGAUCUAA